GGGAAGUAUUUGGGAUUCGGCCAGGGUGAUGUGAAAGGCAGUUUCUCCCCUUCUCUCCUCUCCUCUCCUCUCCUCUGCGAUAAAACUAAAGUAGUAGUGUCUUGUGCAGGUUAAACGGGUUUUCGGUAAAGAUAUUUUAAAUGUAAAGAAGACACGUGCUUUAGGGAUGGCGGAGGAUGUGGAUAAAGCGGUUCUCUUAGAGGAUGAGGAUGAGGAAGAGAAGGAGAAGAAGAGGAAGAAAUCUGUAAAUAAUGAUGGAGAUCAGAGCGCGAAAACGCGGCGCAUCUGGGCUUUCUGGACUUUAUUCACGAUCGCGUGCGUUCCGGUAAUCGGUACCGUGAUCCAGUGUUUCAGAACCGCACAGAUCUCCGAGCGUCACGAAGCGGCGCUGAAGACCCUAGGAGCAGAAGGACUUUUCCUCUUCUCGUCUCUGGAUGUAGAUCACGACCUCUACCUCAGUCCCGAGGAGUUCAAACCCGUCGCCGAAAAGCUCACAGGCGUCGCUCCUCCCGCGGAGUUCGAAGAGGAGUUCGUCUCUGACCCGAACGGAGAGAAGCUCACGCUUCACGCGGCCAUGCAACCGCUCCUGCUCGAGACCAUGACCAAGAGCAAGGACGGCUUUCUCGGGGUUUCCCAUGGUGCUUUGAGUGGGCUGCGUUCAUGGAAGCGUCCCGCUGUUCCGUCCUCCAGCUUCUCGGCUACUCAGUUCCGGAUCUUUCUGCCCCCGAAGGGUAAAGGGGAGCCGGGGGACACGUGGUGGAUCAUACCGAGUGAGCUCAACAUCUUCACUGGAUAUCUGCCCAACACUCGGUACCACCCGCCCACCCCUCGGGGCAAAGAGGUUCUGAUCCACACCCUGCUCAGCAUGUUUCAUCCUCGCCCGUUCAUCAAAUCCCGCUUCGCUCCUCAGGGAGCCGUGGCCUGUAUCCGAGCCGUCAGCGACUUUUACUAUGACGUCGUGUUCAGGAUACACGCCGAGUUCCAGCUGAACGACGUUCCCGAUUUCCCGUUCUGGUUCACACCCGGUCAGUUCGCUGGCCACGUCGUGCUCUCCAGAGAUGCGUCUCAUGUCCGAGACUUCCAUCUGUAUGUCCCUAAUGACAAGUCUCUGAAUGUUGAUAUGGAGUGGCUGUACGGUGCCAGCGAGAGCAGCAGCAUGGAAGUUGACAUCGGCUACCUGCCACAGAUGGAGUUGCGAGCGGCCGGUCCGUCCACGCCCUCCGUGAUCUACGACGAGCAGGGGAAGGCGAUCGACACCCGGGCGGAGGGAGGAGAACCCAUCCACUUUGUGUUCGAGGAGAUCCGCUGGAGCUCCGAGAUCAGCCGAGACGAGGCAGCCGGUCGUCUCGAGGUCACCUUUUAUCCUUUCAAAAAGGUGGCAUACCUGCCUUUCCCAGAAGCCUUCAGCAGGGCAGAAGCAGAGGGGAAACUGGUCCACUCCGUCCUGCUCUGGGGAGCGCUGGACGAUCAGUCCUGCUGAGGUUCGGGGCGAACUCUCCGGGAGACCGUCCUGGAAAGUUCGCCCGUCCUGGCCUUGCUCAACCAGAGCUUCAUCAGCAGCUGGUCUCUCGUCAAAGAGCUGGAGGACCUGCAGGUCGACGAGGAGAAUCUGGACUUGAGUCAGAAGGCGCGUUUACACCUGGAGCAGUACAGCUUCCCUGUGGAGAUGAUGGUGGCGUUGCCUAACGGGACCGUGGUUCACCACAUCAACGCUAACAACUUCCUGGACCAGACGUCCAUGAAGCCGGAGGAGGACGUGUCGGGGUUCAGCUUCUCGGGCGGGUUCGAGGACCCGUCUACCUCCGCGUACGUCCGCUUCCUGCAGGAGGGACUGGACAAGGCCAAGGCUUACCUCCAGUCGUCAUCGUCGUCGUCAUAAACACACACGUCUCUCAGUCUAACAGCCAGACUCCUCCAUGUCUCACACACACGUGAACGAGGACUUAUUUCCUGCACUGAAUUCUGGGAAUGAAUCUCUUAUAGCGAGUGACUGCAGAUUUUUUCUACACAUGCUAAUACAGUUUGUUUUUUUAUAGUGACCAGGGUUUAAGUGUAGCGUGCUGGUUAUGAGAUUUUAACCUGAAUAACAGAUUAGCGAUUAAGGCGAUCAUCAAAACUCCAGCUCUGAGGUAGAAAGAGGCGUUUAUUAAAGGAAUAGUUCGGCCAAAAAAAUCAGCCAAGACACGUUUGUUUCUUUGGCGUUCACUCGCACGAACUCUUUUGGCCUAACUUCUGCUUUAAUCUUUUUGUUUUUUUGUUUUUUUAAAAUUUUAUUUUCCGCUAUUUUGUUCCCUUUUUGAGUCUUCACUCACCACCGAAUGUGCGGCGGCCUGAGAAAACCCUUCACGUGGUGAAAACACGCUUUCCUAGACAAACAAAGACAAAAAAAGUAAGAAAUAUUUCUCUUUUGUAUGAAUCUAAACGCCAAGUUAAAGUUCUAGCAUUUUAAUACCCGAUAUCUAGACCCGUGACUAGCGACGCACGCGGUAACCCUGCCCGAAUGUUGUCGUCGGCCAUCUUGGGUAGCCGUGUGACUCCAAACCGGCCGCCGGGUCGCUCGCCGCGUCUCGACGAUCGGAGAAAUCUUUUACGAUGUGCCAUUCGAGUCGUGUCUGAAACUGUAAAAAAAAAAAAAAAAAAUCGUAC